UUCCUUCUUCACUCUGCUUCACUCUUUCGUACUCGUCUCUGCUUCUCCUCUUCACAAUUCACCAUUUCAAUUCGUCUCGCCAAUGUCGUCCUCGGAGAUAAUUACGAAACCUUCGCUUAAGCCACCGUUGGAAUCGACACCGAUUCUCUCACUUCCCGAUGAUUUACUGGUGAGUUGCCUCGCACGCGUUCCCGUAAUGUAUCACCUGACUAGUACCUCCUUAGUUUGCAAGAGGUUUCAAUCUCUCCUUACUUCACCGGAGCUUUUCGAGGCUCGAUCUCUCUUAGGCCUCACUGAAACUUGUCUCUUUGUAUGCUUUCGUUUCUCUCCUGACAAUAAGCCUCGCUGGUUCACUCUCUUCCCGAAUUCAACUGGGUAUGUUUUCGCUCCGGUCCCAACUCUCAAUUUUCCUCAAUCUCCAUGUGAAGAACAAGUGGUUGUAGUUGAUUCUGCAAUCUACGCCAUUGGAGGACCCAUCAACGAUGCACCUUCCUCCACCGUCUCGGUUUUAGACCGUGGAUCUCGCACUUGGCGUGAGGCUCCAAGCAUGAAGAUGGAGCGGUUUUUCGCAGCCGCUAAUGUCUUUGAUGGAAAGAUUUAUGUAGCAGGAGGAUGCGAGAGCGAAGACUGUGAUGAUUCCUCGAAUUGGAUGGAGGUUUUUGAUCCAAAAACCAAGACUUGGGAGUUUGUGUCGAGUCCUUUAGCUGAUAGAUGUGGGAUUAGGAUUCGCAAAAGCGUUGUGAUUGAUGGAGAAAUCAUCAUGUUUGGGUAUAAAGGUGUGACAUUUAAGCCUAAGGAAGAUAAAUGGGAAGAGAUGGGAUCAACUCAUUAUUUGAAUUUAGGAGGGAUAAUGAUGUCUUGUUGCGUGAUUGAUAACGUGGUAUAUAGGUUUCAGAGGUCAGAGAGAAUCGUAUGGUAUGAUUCUGAGAAAAGAUACUGGAAAGAUGUCAAGGGUUUGGAAAGUCUCCCUAAGUUUGACAUUUAUGCUCUUGCUAGAUUGGUGGAUUUCGGUGGGAAGGUGGUGGUUUUGUGGGAAAAGCCUUUGCCUUGUAGUGGUGAUAAGGUGUUGAAAGUGAUUUGUUGUGCCGUGAUUUCGCUUGAGAGACGUAUGUCACGUAUCAAUGAGAUUUGGGGUAAUGUUGAGUGGCUUGAUGGUUUGCUUACAGUUCCUGCGUCUUGUGGAUUUUCUUGUGCUGUUGCUGCUGAGUUCUGACUUGAAAACGUAGUGAAUCAUCUUGAGUGAUGCAGGUUGAAGAAUUUGGUGAGUUUGCAUCGGUGCUGAGAAUGUAGGAGAUGAAAGUAUUUUGCGUGGUUUAUAAAGAAUUGUAACAAGAUGCACAGUUUGAAGAGUAUUUGGUAUUGUAGUAAACAAAACUCUUUGUUUCUUAUUCCCUGAAAUCUGCAAAGGCUUUUGCUUGCUUCUUACAAUUUAGAAUAUCUCUGAGUACACUUAGCCUUGAGACGUAUGUAUGCUCGUUGUUUUGACAUUGCUUUUGGUUAAUAUAGUGUCUGGAUGACAAACUCGGUUUUUUAA